UUCAAUUUGAAAUAAUGGCAAAAUGUAAUAUAGUGGUUUUCUUGGUUGUUGACUGUUUGGUGUCUUCUAUGACUGUAUUUUGUGUUUUUAUGAUGUGAAGCACUUUAAACUGCCUUGAACUGCCUUCUUGCUGAAAUGUUCUAUAUAAAUAAACUUGCUUGAUUCAUGCAACUUUUGAUUUGUCUGCAAACUGAAGUUGAGGGGUUUUUUUAUGAAACUCGUCUUGAUGUCAAAACUAAUUAGACAGAGAAACAGUCCUUUGACAGCUAUGUCUGCCUGGGGAUGAAGGAGGAACCAGAGGAUAAAAGCAGAAGCAGAGGAAACUCAGUUCAGAGGAACUCAGUGGGUCCUCCACUCAGUGACCUGAACUGCCAUCCCUGAAUCUGAUUAUUGUGUUUCUCCAGCUGAAGUCUGAUUUAAUUUCCAUUUACUACAGGCUGUGAUGAGAAUUUAUCACUGUUUCACCAAAACAAUCUGUGACUUUCCUUUCAGCUCCAACAAAUGCAGAUGAUGUUAAACUCAACUCUUGCUCCAUAUUUGAUUUUGGGGGCUUACUUUGAUACCAAGCAGUUAAAGUACUUAUUGUUCCCGAUUGUCUUGUGUAUGUAUAUUUUAAUAGUUGGUUCUAAUGUUCUGCUCAGUGCGGUUAUUGGGUUUAGCAGGAGCUUACAUGAACCUAUGUAUGUCUUUCUGUGUGCCCUGUGUGCCAAUCAGCUGUUUGGCAGUACCAGCCUCUUCCCGUUCUUGUUGCUUCAGAUCCUCUCUGAUGUUCACACCAUUUCUGUCCCAUUCUGUUUCCUACAGGUUUACUGUCUUCACACCUAUCUGAGCGUAGAGUUUUUUAACCUGACUAUCAUGUCUUACGACAGAUACCUGGCCAUCUGUCAUCCUCUGCAGUAUCACUCCCUGAUGACGGUGAGAAAAGUCGCAGCUCUCAUUGUUGCUGAAUGUGUAACUGCCUUUAUCGGAGUCAGCAUUUUCACCUCCAUGAGUUUCUCUCUGCAACGCUGUAGAAACGUAAUCGAUAAAGUCUUCUGCAAUAAUUACUCCAUUGUUCAGCUGACCUGCUCAGACACAACAGGCAAUAAUAUUUAUGGACUUGUGAGCACUGUUGUUGGAGUGGUUUGUCCAGUGAUUUUUAUUUUCUACACAUAUAUGAAGAUCCUUAAAGUGUGCUACUACGGAACCAAACAAACCCAGCAGAAAGCUGUCAGUACCUGCACACCUCACCUGGCCUCCAUCAUUAACUUCUUCUUUGGUGUUUGUUUUGACACUUUACAAAGCAGGUUUAAUACAAACCAUGUUCCAAAUAUUGUAAAAAUAUUGUUGUCCCUGUACUUUCUGACGUGUCAGCCGCUGUUUAACCCUGUGAUGUACGGACUGAACCUGUCCAAAAUACAACAAACCUGGAAGAAACUUUUUUCUGUCCAAAGGAGGUAAUCUGAUCAGUUUGUUCACGUUGGUUGAAAAAACUCUGUCUGAAAUAAACAGAAGGUUUUCCAACACA